AGUAAAAUAAACAUUAAAAAAAAGAAAGAGAAAGGGAGAGAUGUAUUUUCUGUCUUCCUUUCCCAACCCUUCCCGUAAAGGUGAUCUUAACCAGCCUGUUGGGGGGUGCGCAGUUCCAGACUUUGCCCCGUGCUCUCUACUACCCUACACAGUGUCAUAGGUCUUGCUGGUUUACUUUUGCAAAAAUGGGGUUUUGCUAGACACGCUGUUCUGAAACCUGCUGCUUUUUUUUUUGCCUCACGUUUCAGUGUAUUAUGGACAUCUUUUCAAGUGUGCGUAUCACUCUGGCUCGUUCUUCUUAAUGGCGACGUACGAGUCCAUUGCUUGGAUGUGACUUAGUGUAUUUAUCCAUCCCUUUGUGUUAUAUCCAGUUUUACAAAGAGUGAUGUAAUGCAUGUCAUUUUAUACACCAUUGCUAGUGUUUCUUGACAACAGUGGUUCUCAACCAGAGCGAGUGCUGUGAAUGCUAGAGAGGACAGGAGUCCGAUCCGUGGCGGGAUGCUCUUUAGCUGAGCCCUGGUGCAGGGGGAGGAGCUACAGGGGAAGGGUGAGUGGGGGCAUAUGAGGUGGGGAAGAGCCACUGUGUUUCAGACAUGGGGGACAGUAGAUGCAGAGGCGAGGCUGGCAGUAGGAACUCAAGCAGUGUUUUCCAGAAACUUGUCCGGAGCGGAGCCCACCCUGAUUGAAGUGGCUGAAGAGAGGUCCAGGGUGAGGUCGAGGAGCCUGAAACUGAUGGACGUUGUAUGGGCCAGGGGCAGGGAUGGUUGGCUAUGACCCCCAAGCUGAUGGCAGGAAUAUCUCCAGUUCCGAGGUGGCGGUGGCUGGGUCUGUGUCUGGACUUGUCACGCGGGUGAUGAUCAGCCCCUUGGAUGUCAUCAAGAUCCGUUUCCAGCUUCAGAUUGAGCGCCUGUCUCGCAGUGAUCCCAGUGCAAAAUACCACGGGAUCCUCCAGGCUGCGAGACAGAUUUUGCUGGAGGAAGGCCCGACAGCAUUCUGGAAAGGACACAUCCCAGCCCAGCUUCUCUCUAUAGGCUAUGGAGCUGUCCAAUUUCUGUCGUUUGAACUGCUGACCGAGCUGGUGCACAGAGCCAGCAAGUACGAUGCCCGCGACUUCUCAGUGCACUUUGUGUGCGGAGGCCUGUCUGCCAGCACGGCCACCCUCGCCGUGCACCCUGUGGAUGUCCUGCGCACCCGCUUUGCAGCUCAGGGUGAGCCCAAGGUGUAUAAAACCCUUCGAGAUGCCGUGGUGACCAUGUACAGGACCGAAGGCCCCUUGGUCUUCUACAAAGGCCUGAACCCCACCUUGAUCGCCAUCUUCCCCUACGCUGGCUUCCAGUUCUCCUUUUAUAACGCCCUGAAGCACGUUCAUGAGUGGGUCAUGCCUGCCGAGGGAAGGAAAAACGAGAACCUCAAAAACCUCCUCUGUGGCAGUGGAGCCGGAGUCAUCAGCAAGGCCCUCACGUACCCCCUGGACCUCUUCAAGAAACGGCUGCAGGUCGGAGGGUUUGAGCAGGCCCGAGCCUCCUUUGGCCAGGUUCGCAGCUACAAGGGCCUCGUGGAUUGUGCCCGGCAGGUGCUUCGAGAGGAAGGCCCAAGGGGCUUCUUCAAGGGCCUGUCCCCCAGCCUACUGAAGGCUGCUCUCUCCACCGGCUUCGUGUUCUUCUGGUAUGAGCUCUUCUGUAACCUCUUCCACCACAUGAAGAAGGCGGACAGCUAGGCCCGAGGGCAGGAAGGGCAACCUCCCGAAGGAAGGCAGGCUCACCUACGAUCUUGUGUUGCACUGAGAGCUGCCGCCCGCUCCAUCCCUGCCAGCCAGCGUGUCUGUCACCAGAAGGGCAAGGAGAGCACACAGGACUCGGUCUGUGGGGACACAGCCAUGCUGGUCCGAGGAGUUUGCGGUGGUUUCUCUGUAGCCCAUGCUCACAGGAAAGGCAGCAGCUGCUACCCUGUGUUCUUAGCCCCUUCUACCCAGAGAACUGUCCCUGCUCUGGGUGGGGCCGUGGCUGGAGCACGAAGGCUGGGACUGGGCCCGGGCCCUUGGCAGGGGCCUGGUCCUCACGUGUAGGCUCUUACUCCCACCAACUAAUUUAAUACACAUUGAAGCUACAAGCACAUUCCUUAAUCUCACUCCCAUCUUCCCUUCCUCAUCAUCCCUCCUCACAAAGUGUGAGGGAGGGGACCGUUGCCUUCCUCAGAUGCCAUUUUUCUAAGUAGUUGCAUCCCUCACCCAGCUUUGCUUCUAGUUCUGGGGGAAGAACUGGUCACUUUAUAACCGCCCCCCCCCCCACCCGCACCCCAUGCCCAGAUCUUCAUGUCUUAAUUUCCACUCAGGCUGUUCUCUCCCCUGGACAACGGAGCACAGCUGAGGGCCUCUGGGGGGGGAGGGCGGGGGGGGGGUGGUAGGCAGGUCCCAGCAGCCUGAAGGCAGUGGGGGGUUGUGCUGAUGGGAAGGACUGUGGGUGAAGAUGGGGGCCCUUCUCCCUAGUCUACCUGGGAUCACUCCUCUUGCAUGGGGUGGGGGGAAGCUUACAGCUGAGCCAGUUGGCAUCAGCUGCCCUCUCAGGGUGCCCCAAGGUGCUGUGUGUAUCCUCUGUCAUUCCUGAAGGGCCACAGCUCUGAAGCAGCCAUGUGAGCAGAUGGUAGAAGGAAAGGGUCGGACAGACAGCCUGCUGAGGGCACAAUUGGGGGCGGGGGGUGUCAGCGCAAGAAUUUACAUCUACUCAUCUGUGCACAGAGGAGACACUGCACUUAGGGGGACGGGGGUGAGAGGGAAUUUACAGAACACAAGCACCACCCUUUCCACCCAGUUCUGCCCCCCUACGUACCCACCCAGGGCAGCCCAGCCUGCAGGGUUGGCUGUGCAGGGGAGGCCAGCAUGGAGGAGUACAGGAGUCCCCUGCAGGACUUUACCCUGCUCUGAGACUGGGAUCUGGCUCCAGCCUUUGCAGUGACUUAGGAUGAAGGCACAGGCUGGGAGCAAGCCUGUGUGGGUGUCGUGGCCCUCGGACUCCUGUCAUAAGAACUGUUUGGGCUCUGACCUGGGGCUUUGUGGUAUGUUUGGGACCCUGACUCCUGACGCUUCCCUGCUCUUGGCUGCUAAUUCUGAAGAUCUAGGCUGUGGGUAGGGUUUGGGGCACUGGAGGCCUGGGUUGGGGCUGCAGGAAGGCAGCUGCCUGAAUGUAUUUUUAAAGAAAUUCCACUUGAGUGGAAUAAAGUACACUUUAUUCUUUUCA